AUGGACCACCUUGCGGCGCUCUUAUUCCCACGUGCGGACGCCGCACCGACAACAUCAACCGGCGCCGUGUCUACUAACGCACCUUUCGGGGCUUCACCAGGGACGCCACUGCCGACCGACUACUGCGCCCUCAAGUAUGCGGGUUUGACAUCCGGGCCCAUUCCCGACCAAGGCCAACGAAGUCUCGCCGCCAUCUGGUCGCUCGUGGCUCUGUCAACAUUGUUCUUAGCUCUACGCAUCUACUGCAAGAUAUGGAGGCUGCGGAAGCUAUGGUGGGACGAUUGGGUAUGCUUCGUCAUUGAUGGCGCCAUGUCUCAGCGGGCUGUCGACCUCGGCUUUGGUCGAUACCCGUGCGACAUUGACCCGAGGAACUUCCCCCUCAUCGGCCUCGAGGGUCAGAACAUUGGGGCCACGUUCGGCAUGUUCGCUGUCGUCUGGUCAAAGACUUCAUUUGCCAUUACCCUGCUGCGCCUCACCGAGGGCAAGACCAAGGCUUUCAUAUGGUGCAUCAUCGUCUCGAUGAACAUCAUCUUCUUCCUCGAAGCCCUCUUUGUCUGGGUCCAAUGCACGCCCAUCUCCAAGACGUGGCUGCCUAGCACGCCGGGAACUUGCUGGGGCAGCCACCCCGUCAAUGUCUAUGGCGUCUUUGCCGGCUGCUUCUCGGGCGUCUGCGAUAUCAUCCUUGCCCUGUUGCCGUGGCGCCUUGUGUGGAGCCUGCAGAUGCAGAAGAAGGAGAAGAUCGGUGUCGGUAUUGCUAUGAGCAUGGGAGUCUUCGCUGGUGCGACUGCCUUUGUCAAGUCACACAUGAUCUUGACCCUGGGCACUUCGAAUUUCAGCUACGACGGGUGCGAGCUUCUUGUGUGGGCCGCGGCCGAGAUUGCGACCACCAUCAUGGCAGCGUGCAUCCCGAUCCUGCGCGUCUUCGUGCGCGAGGUGCGCGAGCGCACCAUCGCCCGGUCCGGCGCCCUUUCUAACAACGAGAACUACUACUACAAGAGGAAGGUCAUGAGCGGCACUGGCGGCAGUGGCGCCAGCAACAGCCACACCAGCAGCAGCACUCGCCCGCGCUCCGGCCUGGUCUUUUCCGCCCCCGCCAUCUCGUUGGCCGCAGCCAAGCCGCCGCUCAGCCCACCGCUGAGCGCCGACGACAGCAGCGAGAAGCACAUCCUGCCCAUCGUCCACGAGGACGCCGCCAGCAGCGGUAACGAAGACUCGUCCUCGCCCUCAGGCAGCCGCAAGAACGUCAGGAUAGUCCGCACCCAGGAGUAUGCCGUCGAGUACCGCGGCCGUGGUCGGGAUUCUAGCGACGCUGGGAACGUGCACGAGCUGAGAACUCUGCCGAACCACGCACGGUAG